AUGGCCCAUCAGCACGGCCCCUAUGUUCGACUCUGGGGCAUCCGUCCGUCACAGCUCCCCUCAGAGACCGCGUCAGCCAACGAUCUAGCUCCGCUGCUUCAAUCCAUAUUAAACGAGGCAGUUCCUUUUGUCAGCACCGUGCCACCGCAAUCAUCAUCUUCGUCAUCAUCAUCCUCGUCGGGUAAAUCCAACCAAGGAAACGGAGAUGGGCCAUGGAAGGCCAAGGGAUGCAGGGCGUUUCACCACUCAGCCGCGCCAGUGCACAUGUUUGAGCGAGUCGUCUCAGCUGAAGAGCUGAAGACGAUAGCCAAGGACGAGAACCUCCCGCAGGCGAGCAACGGCUCAAAAUUCAAGCCGGAAACCUGGAGUCUGAGACGCAGCGUUCACGAGGAGGCGAAGAAGGCUGGGACCGCCGAUUGGGAGGAGUGGGUGCGGUGUUUCAAAGACGGCCAUGCGGACGCGGAGAUGAAGUUUACUCCCACAGUCAUGAGCCACAUGCUGAAGAAGCAGUGGGACUGCACGGGGGUGGAGGUCACGCUGGGAGGCGACGUGUACGAGGAUUUCACGCUGAAGCUGGAGGAGUCUGUGCACAAAAUGCCUGCACCGCUCAACAACCGCGUGUUUCCCGUGCUGCAAGUGACGGCGGCGGUACGAGGGCGGCGCGAGUUCAUCGUUGUUCAGAUAGCGGCGGUGCCAGAGUCUCUCAGCAGCGAAGAGCCAAGGUCGGACGGCGCCCUAAGAGGCACGUACACGAGCAUUGAGCGCUUCAAGGAGGUGGACGAGCAGGGGAAUGUCGAGUGGCUGAUGGGAACCGUGUCGGAUGCGAGAGGCGUGCUGCCGGCGUGGAUUCAGAAGAUGGCGGUUCCGGGGCAGAUUGCCAAAGACGUGGACAUGUUUCUGGACGACCCCAAGGACCUCUCUAACGCAGAUGUCCUAGCGCGCAUGACCAUUGAGCUCAACAUGCGUGCCGUAGGCAACCAGGCAGAGCGUCUGGAAAAGGACCUCAGCACACUCAUGAUGCGCGCCAAAGAAGACAAGUCAUUCCGAGAAAGACACGAGGCGAGGCUGCAGAACAUAUUUCGGGAGAUACUCGCGGUGAAGCAGCGCAUGGGAGAGAUUCAGGGGCCGGAGUGGAGUGGCAACGGCAAGGUCGAUCUUGAAGAAUGUAAAAAGGGGAUGGAUGAGUCUGCCGAGCUGUUUAGGAAGGAAUUGGGGGAGCUUAAGGGCAUGGUUAGUGACAUCUCGAGUACGGUGGACAAACUCCCGACGGCGGAGGAGGCAGAAGCUUUGAUGAGGCGCACUCAAGCCUCAGCAUUGGCAACAGUGGGCAGCGAGAUUCAAACAAGAUCAAAGACCAGGAAGCCAUUAUCUGAGCCUAAAACAGCGAGGAGUCAAGUCUCCAUCAAGCAGCGUAUUGGCGACGCCAUCGGCUCAACCCGCCGCUGGAACAGAGACCACAAAACAACCAAGCUCAGCGACGCCAUCUUCAUAGCCAAUUAUCUCAGACAGCAGUCCAAACGAGACCCACCAAUGGCAGUCUACAUCCAGAGAUCGAUCCUGCGGCAUGUCAAUCGCAGUGGCGGCCAAAAGGCGCAGGCUCGUCCCAAGAACCUCGAGCAGUUUUGCCAGACCUUGGUGUGGAGGGAUGUUAUCGAGACGGCGGAAAAUGUGUUGGUGAGGAAUACAGCGCGGACUGCGAAAGCUUUGGAGGAGCGGAUGAGCUUUUCUUGA